UCGCUGUCCUCUUCGGAAUAGGCUACUUAACUAGUUGCAGAGCCCUAACGGCUAAGUUGAACUCUGUCCUGGAGUAGCCCUGUCCUCCGAGGAGCUCUCUGCUCUCCUCCUUGUGUUUACUUUUCGGUUCAGGUGGACGCUCUGCUUGUGCGCUUUCAGGAUGUCUCCGACCACGUCCCCGCGGUUCUUCACGGAGAGGGAGGUGGCCCGCAACUGCACCAAGGACUCCUGCUGGGUGCUGCUGGGGACCAGGGUGUACGAUUUGACCGCGUUCUUGCGGAUGCACCCGGGCGGGGAGGCGCUGAUACUUUGCCGGUCAGGCAAGGACGUGAGCCGGGAGCUGGAAGGACCCCCGCACCGGCACUCGAAGAACGCGAGGCAGUGGUUGGAGCAGUACUACAUCGGGGAGCUGGAAACAGACAGCGGCACCGUCAAGGCACAGACUCUGAGAGAGAGAAGGGAGGCCAGUGAACAGACAGAGGACAAGGCGGCAGAAAAGACAACAGACAAGAAGAUGGAAGAGGAGGACUUGAGUUCACCGUUCAACCUCUGCAGCUCUGUGGACCCGAGCAAGGAUUUGGUGGACUGGCGGAAGCCCCUGGUAUGGCAGGUAGGCCAUCUCGGAGAUAAAUAUGAUGCAUGGGUUCACCAGCCAGUUGAUAGACCAAUCAGACUGUUUGGAAACUCCCUCCUAGAGGCCAGCACCAAGACUUCCUGGUACUGGGUACCAGUGGUGUGGCUUCCUAUUGUGUUUUGUCUCAGUUGGCACUGCUACACCACCCUGGCACUGGGCACCACCAGGGUAGCUCUAACUUCAGACUUCUCCGUCACGAUCCACAAAUACAUAUUCCCGCUGCUGUUUUUGGCGGGCUGGUUCUUGUGGUCAUUCAUGGAGUACUGCAUCCAUCGCUUUGUCUUUCACAUGAAACCUCCAGCCCAUAACUAUUACCUCAUUACUCUACACUUUCUCCUGCAUGGACAGCACCACAAGUCUCCAUUUGACGGUUCUCGGCUGGUCUUCCCCCCCGGCCUGGCUUCCUUAGUGGUGGCAAGUUUCUAUCUAGUCCUACUCAGCAUGCUCCCAGAUAUUCUGGGGAAGUGCGUGUUUGUUGGAGGGCUGUGUGGCUACGUGGUGUACGAUAUGAUCCACUACUACCUUCACUACGGCUCGCCAAAGAAGGGCUCGUAUAUGUACAGCCUGAAGGCCUACCACGUCAAGCAUCACUUUGAGCACCAGAGAGCGGGUUUUGGAAUCACCACCACGUUCUGGGACCACCCCUUCAACACAGUCAUCCCCGAUGAGAAAUUCUAAUGCUCUCCUGAAGGGCCACAGGACACAUCAGUCACCCUCUUAGCAACUAGCCCACAUGCUAUAACCACCCUGACACCCUUUGCUCAAUCUCUGCAGCCAUAGCUUUCGCAAUAAAGACUCCUGGGCCACUGCAACUAAUCCAGCUAUACAUACUAUAAAACAUACAGUAUCAACCUGCUUUUCUUUCCAACCAGCAACACAUGCAUUUGGGGGUGUGUGUCAACCAGUUUGCACUGCAGUCUCAUUGUGAUCAUUUCUGCUGUAAAGCCUUUCUGUGCCAAAUUUAUAACCAGAUCUACAUCUACUAAUGUGCCCUUCACUGCUCGGACAACACCAGCCGAGUCAACACCCAAUCACAACAUCUUAAUGUACAGUUAGGAGAUGGGCCAUGGCGGAAAAAAGAGGGAAGCACACACACACAA